UCCAGCUCGGUCCGCGGAGCGGCGGAGGGGUGGAGGGGGAAGGGACGCGCUGUUUGGUCCGGCGGGGAGGGUGGGGGAAAGCUGACGGGAGGACAUGCAGGCUCGCUACUCCGUGUCCAGUCCCAACUCCCUAGGAGUGGUGCCGUACCUCGGCGGAGAGCAGAGCUACUACCGUGCCGCUGCGGCGGCGGCCGGCGGGGGCUACACGGCCAUGCCGGCCCCGAUGAGCAUGUACUCCCACCCGGCCCACGAGCAGUACCCGGCCGGCAUGGCCCGAGCCUACGGGCCCUACACGCCACCGCCGCAGCCCAAGGAUAUGGUGAAGCCGCCCUACAGCUACAUCGCCCUCAUCACCAUGGCCAUCCAGAACGCUCCCGAUAAGAAGAUCACCUUGAACGGGAUCUACCAGUUCAUCAUGGAGCGGUUCCCUUUCUACCGGGACAACAAGCAGGGCUGGCAGAACAGCAUCCGCCACAACCUCUCCCUCAACGAGUGCUUCGUCAAGGUGCCCCGCGACGACAAGAAGCCCGGCAAGGGCAGCUACUGGACCCUCGACCCCGACUCCUACAACAUGUUCGAGAACGGCAGCUUCCUCCGCCGCCGCCGCCGCUUCAAAAAGAAGGACGCCGUCAAGGACAAGGAGGAGAAGGACCGCCUGCACCUCAAGGACCAUGCCCCGCCGCGCCCGCCGCCGCCCGCCGCCGCCGCCGAACCCGAGGGCGGCCCCGCCGGGGGCAGCGCCGCGCCGCCGCCGCCGCCCGUCCGCAUCCAGGACAUCAAGACGGAGAACGGCACGGCCUCGCCGCCGCAGGCCGUGUCCCCCCCGGGCGCCGCGCCGCCGCUCGGCGCCGUGCCCAAGAUCGAGAGCCCCGACAGCAGCAGCAGCCUCUCCAGCGGCGGCAGCCCCCGCAGCACCCUCCCCUCCAGCCGCUCCCUCAGCCUGGAGGCCCCCGAGCCCCCGCCGCCCCCGCCGCCGCCCCCGCCGCCUCCCCACCACCACGGCCCGGGCUUCAGCGUGGACAACAUCAUGACCUCGCUGCGGGGCUCGCCGCAGGCCGCCGCCGAGCUGGGCGCCGGCCUCCUGGCCCCCGCCGCCGCAGCCCCGCGCACCGGCAUCCCGCCCGCCCUGUCCCUCGGGGGAUACUCGCCGGGACACAGCUCCGUCUACGGCUCGCCCUGCGGCCAGGCGGCCGCCGGCGCCGCCGCCGGCACCUACCACUGCAACAUGCAGGCCAUGAGCCUUUACGCGGCGGCGGGCGGCGCCGACCGGCCCGGCCACCUGCCCUCCGCGGCCGCCAGCCCCGCCGAGGACCCGCUGCCCGAGUACGCGAUGCCCUCGGGCGGCGGCGGCGGCGGCGGCGGCGGCGGGGCGGGGGGCGGCGGCGGCGGGGCGCUGGGGCACGGCGGGCUGGGCGGCGCGGCGGGCGGCCACCAGGAGGGGCACCACCCGCACCCGCACCAGGGCCGCCUGGCCUCCUGGUACCUCAACCAGGCGGCGGCGGCCGCGGCGGCGGCGGCGGCGGCGGCGGGGGAGCUGGGCCCGCUGGCGGGCGCGGCGGGCUACGCGGGGCCGCAGCAGGGCUUCGCCGCCGCCCCGAGAGAGGUGUUCGAGGCGCCGCGGCUCGGGCUGAGCGCCUCGCCGGGCGGCGGCGGCGGAGGAGGCAGCGGGGCAGGGGGCGGCGGCGGCGGCGGCGGCGGGGCGGGGGGCGGCGGGAGCUGUCAGAUGGCCUUCCCCGGCAGCCAGCCGCUUUACCGCACCUCCGGGGCCUUCGUCUACGACUGCGGCAAGUUCUGAGCGCGCCCCGUCGCGGGGACACCGCGGGAACUCAGCUCCGCUCCGCUCCGCACCGCGCCUCCGGCCCUCGCAGCGCCCGCGGAGGGAAGCGGGCGCAUCGCGCAAAGCUUUUGUACAGAGACAGCCCCAAAGCAUGUCUUGGUUUGUUAAAGGACAGUGUUACUCCAAUAACACAAAUUGAUCACAACG